GAAACGCUGCGAUCAGAGUGGAAAACACCCACAGGAGUCUGUGGAGGUCAUCCCAGGAUCAUCAGACAGUCAACAGUUCUGGUGACAUUCCUGCCGUAAACAUGGCGUCCCGGCUGAAGCAGCCCGAGGGGCGGAGCCUGUCCUCCCUGUUUUCCUGCUGCUUCAAUGGAAGUGACCCACCGGAUAUUACCUACGUCCACAACAACGCCAACACUAUGGCUGUCCUGGAGUCCACCCUGCCCAUGCCCCCCCCUCAGGAGCUGGACUCCAUGUUCGAGGAGCUGGUGGAUGAGCUGGACCUGACGGAGGAGCACAAAGCUGCCAUGUUUGCUCUGCCAGCGGAGAAGAAAUGGCAGAUCUACUGUAGUAAGAAGAUGGAAGCAGAGGAGAAUAAAGGAGCGACCCGGUGGCCGGAGUAUUAUAUCGACCAGCUCCGGACCAUGGCUGCUAGGAGGACUCUGCUGGCCCUCGCAGACGAAGACGAGCAGGGAAGACAUAAGAUCGUGGAGGGUUUGAAGACAGCCCUGAGGACUCAGCCGAUGAGGUUUGUGACGCGGUUCAUCGAGCUGGACGGCCUCUCUUGCAUCCUGAAUUUCCUGAAGACGAUGGACUACGAGACCACCGAGUCUCAGGUCCACACGACGCUGAUCGGCUGCAUCAAAGCUCUGAUGAACAACUCUCAGGGCAGAGCUCACGUGCUGGGUCACUGUGAGAGCAUCAACAUCAUCGCUCAGAGUCUCGCCACGGAGAACAUCAAAACGAAGAUUGCCGUGCUGGAGAUCCUCGGGGCCGUAUGUUUGGUUCCUGGAGGUCACAAGAAAGUCCUGGAAGCCAUGCUGCACUACCAGACGUUUGCUGCAGAGAGGACUCGCUUUCAGACUCUGGUGACAGACCUGGACAGAUCCACCGGGCGAUACAGAGAAGAAGUGAAUCUGAAGACGGCCAUCAUGUCCUUCAUCAACGCCGUGCUCAGCAAAGGAGCAGGAGAGACCAGUCUGGAGUUCAGGCUCCAUCUGCGUUACGAGUUUCUGAUGCUGGGCAUCCAGCCGGUCAUCGAUAAACUGCACUCUCAUGAAAACGCCACUCUUGACAGACACCUGGACUUCUUUGAGAUGUUGAGGAGUGAAGACGAGCUCCUGAUGUCCAAACAGUUUGAUGCUGUCCACAUAGAAACUAAGAGUGCGAGUCAGAUGUUCGAGCUGAUCAAGAGGAACCUGAAGCACACGGCGGCGUACCCUCACCUCCUGUCGGCUCUGCAGCACUGCCUCAUGAUGCCCUAUAAGCAGAGCAGCACCACUCUUCAGUACUGGGUUCUGUUGGACCGGAUCAUCCAGCAGCUGGUUCUGCAGACGGAUAAAGGUGAAAACCCCGACGUGGCCCCGCUGGAGGACUUCAAUGUGAAGAACAUUGUGCGCAUGCUGGUGAAGGAGGACGAGGUGAAGAAAUGGAAAGAAGACGCUGAUAAGAUGAGGAAAGAGCAUCACAACUUAAAGCAGCGUUUUGAAAAGAAAGAGAGGGAGUGUGAGGCGAAGAACAAGGAGAAAGACGACAUGAUGGCCAUGCUGAACAAGAUGAAGGACAAACUGGAGCGAGAGAGCAACGACCACAAGACUGCAAAGCAACAAGUGUCGGAGCUGUCGGCGCGUCUGCAGCAGCUCAGCGCCAGCUCAGGUGUUCCAGGCGGACCUCCUGUGCCUUCAGGUGGUGUACUUCCUCCUGGUUCCAUCUCAUCCAUGGUGUCUCCUCCACCUCCACCGCCUCCUCCUCCUCCGCCUCCUCCUCCAGGAGGCCCACCAGCCUUCGGCAUGGCCCCGCCUCCUCCUCCUCCUCCACCUGGGGGUCCUCUCGGAAACGCACAGAGGAAGAAUAUUCCUCGACCGUCGAACCCUCUGAAAUCCUUCAACUGGAACAAACUGCCUGAGAAUAAGGUGGAAGGAACCAUCUGGAAAAACAUCGACGACCUGAGGGUGUUCAAAGUUCUGGAUCUGGAGGAGUUUCAGAGCAUUUUCUCAGCGUAUCAGAAACCUCAGAAAGACACAGAGGACGAUCACUCUGUCACAAAGAAAGUGAAGGAGCUGUCAGUGAUCGAUGGACGCCGAGCGCAGAACUGUAACAUCCUGCUGUCACGGCUGAAGCUGAGCAACGAUGAGAUCCGUCGUGCCAUCAUGACCAUGGACGACCAGGAGGACUUACCCAAAGACAUGCUGGAGCAGCUGCUGAAGUUUGUUCCUGAGAAGAGCGACAUCGAGAUGCUAGCAGAACACAAACACGAGCUGGAUCGUAUGGCCAAGGCAGAUCGUUUCCUCUACGAUAUGAGCGGCAUCAACCACUACCAGCAGAGACUGCAGUCCCUCUACUUCAAGAAGAAGUUUGCUGAACGUGUGGCCGAUGUCAAACCCAAAAUCAAAGCUCUGAAUCAGGCGUCUCAAGAAGUGCUCCAAAGCCAGAGUCUGUGUCAGCUCCUCGAGGUCGUCCUGGCCUUCGGGAACUUCAUGAACAAAGGACAGCGAGGAAACGCUUACGGGUUCAAAGUGUCCAGUCUCAAUAAGAUCGCUGACACCAAGUCCAGCACUGACAAACACGUCACUCUGCUGCACUACAUGAUCACGGUGCUGGAGAAGAAGUAUCCGAAGGUGGUGUCAUUUAACGAGGAGCUGCAGCAUGUGCCGAUAGCUUCGAAAGUCAAUAUGACGGAGCUGGAGAAGGACAUCGGAAACCUGCGGUCCGGUCUGAAGAGUGUUGAGUCGGAGCUGAAGUACCAGCAGGCUCAGUCCUCCACCGGUUCGUCAGACAAGUUUGUCCCUCUGGUCAGCCAGUUCAUCACUGUGGCCUCCUUCAGCUUCUCAGAGGUAGAGGAGUCACUCAGCGAGGCCAAAGAGGUGUUUGAGAAAGCACUGAGGCACUUUGGAGAAGUUUCCAACAUGCAGCCGGACGAGUUCUUUGGAACCUUCGACACGUUCCUCGCAGCGUUCUCAGAGGCCAAACAGGACAACGAGAACAUGGCCCGGCGCAAGGAGGAGGAGGAGAGACGGGCGCACAUGGACGCACAGCUGAAGAAAGAUCGGGAGCUGAAGGCGAGGAAAGCUCGAGCGAAUGAAGAGGAGAGCGGGGAGUUCGAUGACCUGGUGUCGGCUCUGCGCUCUGGAGAGGUGUUCGAGAAAGACCUGACCACGAUGAACCGCAGGAAACCGAGGAAACACAACUUGUAUGACAACAGCCGGGAGAGACCGGUAACGAAACUGGACCAGUAACAGGACUCUGAUGAGCCGCGCUGAGACUGUUAAAGCACUGCUGUCAUACAUGGAUACCUCACAGAGACGGCGCUAAGGACGGAGGUCACAUAAGAUGCUUUUCAACCACAGGAACCAGGGUCCAAGUUAAGUACCAGGGUAGUUAAUCUAACCCUGAAAGGUUCCUGCUCGGGGGGUAGUACUUUCCAAAGGUCAAUGAACUUUGCAAUGCGGAAUGUUUCUGAUUGGUAGAGUACCCUCAGUGUUUUUAUUUCCCCCUCCGUCCACAAUAACAAAAACUACAGUC